CAGAGCUGCUCGUCCGGCGGAUCUCAACCUCUGAAACAAACCCCCGGUGUCUUCUCUCAUCCUCCCCCUUUCCCCUCUCACUCUCUCGGGUUUGUUUCACUCCGGAACCCUGGAUCUCCUAAUUCUGUCUUUUUCCUCCUGUCUUUCGAUUCCGGCCAACAGUUUCAUCUGUGGGAUUUAGUUUUUACUCAGACUAUUGGUGGUGAUUUUACUCAACACUGUUUCUACCGCUUUUACGCAUCGACGGUGAUUCUGGAUUUGCUCACAACAGGAGAAAAGACAAGAAUCUGCGAAGUGGAUCCGUGGAUGCGCGUUUUUGGAUCAAAUUGGAGAUGGAAAUGCUGAUAUUGUUAUUUCAUUCCCUGUGGAUAUUGCAGUGCAACACAGUGAGCGCGGACUCCAUCAUUCACAUUGGUGCGAUAUUUGAGGAGAACGCGGUGCGGGACGAUGAGGUGUUCCAGCUCGCCGUGUCUGACCUCAGUCUGAGCGACGACAUCCUGCAGAGCGAGAAGAUCACACACUCCAUAAAGCUCAUCGAGCCCAACAACCCCUUCCAGGCGGUGCAGGAAGCAUGCGAGUUGAUGAACCAGGGCAUCUUGGCGUUGGUCACCUCCACCGGUUGUGCAUCGGCCAGCGCUCUGCAGUCCCUGACGGACGCCAUGCACAUCCCUCACCUGUACAUCCAGAGGAACAGCGAGGGAUCUCCCAGGACGGCCUGCCAGUUCAACCCCAGCCCUGGAGGGCAUCGCUACACGCUGGCCGCCCGGCCGCCCGUACGCCUCAACGACGUCAUGCUGACGCUGGUGGAAGAGCUGCGCUGGCAGAAGUUCAUCGUCUUCUACGACAUCGACUACGAUAUCCGCGGUCUGCAGGGUUUUCUUGAUCAAACCUCCCGUCAGGGCGUGGACGUUGCAUUGCAGAUGGUGGACAAGAACAUCAGUAAAGUCUUCACCAACCUGUUUACCACCAUGAGGACAGAGGAGCUGAACCGUUACCGGGACAUGUUACGCAGAGCCAUCCUGCUGCUCAGCCCUCACGGAGCUCACACCUUCAUCCAGCAGGCGGUGGAAACAAACCUGGCCUCCAAAGACAGUCACUGGGUGUUUGUGAACGAGGAAAUCAGCGACAUGGAGAUCUUGGAGCUUACCCACAGUGCACUGGGACGCAUGACUGUGAUCCGGCAGAUUUUCCCCAUGUGGAAGGACAGCAGCAUGCGCUGCAUGAGGCAGAACCACCGCAUCUCCUCGCUGCUCUGCGACCCGCAGGAGGGAUACCUGCAGAACCUGGAGGUGUCCAACCUCUACCUGUACGACAGCGUGCUAAUGCUGGCCAACGCCUUUUACAGAAAGCUGGAGGACAGGAAGUGGCACAGCAUGGCAAGCUUAAACUGUAUCAGGAAGUCCACCAAGCCGUGGAACGGAGGCUGGUCAAUGCUGGAGACCAUCCAGAAGGGUAAUAUCACAGGUCUAACGGGUACGAUGGACUUCAGGGACAGCGGCUCCAACUCUCACGUCCAGUUUGAGAUCCUCGGCUCCAGCUUCAGCGAGACCUUCGGCAAGGACAUCAAGAGGCUGGCUACGUGGGACUCGGUGCACGGACUCAACGGCAGUCUGAAGGAGAGCCGAAUAGAGAACGGCAUGCAGGGAGUGACCAUCAAAGUGGUGACUUUACUGGAGGAUCCGUUCGUCAUGGUGGCGGAGAACAUCCUCGGGCAGCCGAAGAGAUAUAAAGGCUUCUCCAUCGACGUGCUGGACGCCCUCGCCAAAAUCCUGGGCUUCAAAUACGAGAUCUAUCAGGUUGCAGACAGCAAAUAUGGCUCCCAGCUUCCCAACGGCUCGUGGAACGGCAUGAUCGGUGAUCUCAUCAACAAGAGAGCCGACCUGGCAGUGUCGGCCAUCACCAUCACGCCGGAGCGGGAAAACGUGGUGGACUUCAGCAAGCGCUACCUCGACUACAGCGUCGGCAUCCUCCUGAGAAAACCAGAGGAAAAGAUCAACAUCUUCUCCCUCUUCGCCCCCUUCGACCUGGCGGUCUGGGCCUGCAUCGCCGCCGCCAUCCCGGUGGUGGGAGUGCUCAUCUUCCUCCUCAACAGGCUGCAGGCUCUCCGCUCCUCUUCCUCCCAGAAUGCACCGCCAGGCCAGCCGGCCAACGGAGUCGGGUCGAGCACGCUGCACAGCGCCAUCUGGAUCGUUUACGGAGCGUUUGUGCAGCAAGGUGGAGACAGCGUGGUCGGCUCAGUGGCUCUGAGGAUCGUCAUGGGCAGCUGGUGGCUCUUCACACUCAUCGUGUGUUCAUCGUACACAGCCAACUUGGCAGCGUACCUCACCGUGUCCCGCAUGGAUCACGCUAUACGGUCUUUCCAGGACUUGGCACGGCAGAUUGAUGUGGACUACGGCACGGUGAGGGACUCCGCCGUGUACGACUACUUCAGGAACAAAGGCACCAACCCUCUGGAGCAGGACAGCACCUAUGCAGAGCUGUGGAGGACCGUCAGUAAGAACAACGGCAUGGACUACUCCGUGUCCAGCCCAUCAGAAGGAAUACGCAAGGCGAAGAAGAGUCCCUACGCCUUCCUGUGGGACAUGGCGGUGCUGGAGUACGCUGCGCUGACGGACGACGACUGCACCAUCACCGUGUCUGGAAACACCAUGAGCAGCAAAGGCUACGGCAUCGCCAUGCAGCACGGCAGCCCCUACAGAGACCUCUUCUCCCAGAAAAUCCUGGAGCUCCAGGAGAAAGGAGACCUGGACAUCAUGAAGCAGAAGUGGUGGCCCCGCACCGGCCGCUGCGACCUCAGCAGCCACGCCAGCGCCCACCCCGACGGCCGCUCCCUCAAGCUGCACAGCUUCGCCGGCAUCUUCUGCAUCCUGGCCGCCGGCCUGCUGCUGGCCUGCCUGGUGGCCGGGCUGGAGGCGUGGUGGAACAGCAACCGCUGCCGCCAGGAGCAGCCCAAAGAGGUCACUAAGGAUUACAGACUGGCAAGGGUUUCUGGUCCAUUGACAUAUAAUGACAUUACAACUGCUUCAUCGGAGGGGAGGAGGGACAUUUGGACAGACAGAGAGAGAGGCUGGGAUGAAGCAGAAGCUAUUGACACAGGACAAGGAGGUGAACCUGGAACAGGUGCAUCGUCGUAUGAACAGUCUUUUGGACGAGGACUUGGCCCACAAGCAGAUCCCCGGCCCCUCUAUCGAGAUCUCUGCGCUGGACAUCGGCAGCAUGCAGCCCAGCCAGGCCUCUCUGGUUCCGGGUCCGGAGUCCGUGCGGGACUACCCGCCCUCGGGCCUCACUGUGACCACCUUCCUCCCAGGGGAGGGGGUGCCACCUCCUCCUCUUCCCCACCCUCACCAUGGGGGGACCCUAGGCAGGACGCUGCCCCCGUCCCAGGGCCAUGGCAGCACCACGCUACCCCCGCACCACCCACUCAGCGGCACCAUGCAGUGCAAACACAGGGCUCCCAACGGGGGGCUCUUCCGGCAGAGCCCUGGCAAGACACCCAUGCCAAUGUCCUACCAGGCAGUCUCCGCAGGACCCAUACCCGAAGCCAUUGAGGCCACCCAUAGUACAUCGAUAUAGUGAUGGGAGGGGUCAUGGGGGGGGUCAAACUGCAUCAUUGAGUCA